UACUCAUGAAUAUAGCCUGGCAGAGGAACACUGGAUCAAUUAGGUCUCAUACACACGGGCGUUUUGCCCUGCGUUCCCCUGCAGGGAGUUCAGGAUAAAACGCUUGUACGUAAACGCUUAGAAACACUCAAACCUUCAGCCAUGUCUAACAUGUGGGGGGCUUUGUUACAGUGCAGUGUCUCAAAAAGCAGAUUGAACUGAUGAAAAUGAGAAAGUAUAUAUAUGUAUAUGCAAGUAUAACUCAGCUUAGAAAACUGCCUUUAACUGCAUAUAUAUUUCAGUUGUGCCAGGGAAGCAUGAUAUCGUAUAUCUCGGUGCCAAAAUCUGCCUAAAUAUUGUUCUCAGUGUGGAUUAUGCUGCCAUUAUAAACCCACUUUUGCACUAGGAUCUCAUAAUUGCUACAUUUUCUCCUACUUUCUGUCAUACUUUACAAUACAAUACUUUUGUACAUUGCACCACUUCUACUCUGAUGGCUUUCUUGGAAUGAUGAAUCAGUAUGUUGUAGCCAUUAUAAGUACAAAUGGUCACUGCAAUAGAUAAGUGACGGGCACAGGGGGUCAGUGUUUUGCUAAUACAUGGAUUUGGGGUGCAGGCUUACCACUGAACCCCUAAUCCUAUACCAGUGAAAGUAUUAAGGGUCAUUGCUGUGCUCUGUGUGGUCAUGGCUACUGGUGUCUAUAUUGGACAGAUGUAGUGGGUGUGUUUUCUUUUGUGGUGCUUGUUAUUCCUGUGGUUGCUAUGGUCUUUGUCCAGGGCUUCCAUUCUUCCCUGUCUAAGUUUUCCUCUGUGACUGUGUGGGUCAGUGGCUGGCUGCUGUGUGUGAAUGUAGGGAAAGGAUAAUUAGCAGAGGAUUAGAGAGCCAGUAAUCGUUACUUUGAAUUAAGGAUAUUACCCAGUGCAGCAGAUAUGAGAUAAGCGAGGCUCAGCACAUCUCUAUAAGGGCAGAGUCACACUGGGUGAUUCCAAGAUUUUGUCACUUUUGUAGUUAGACAAAAUGUCUGAAAUCUGCUCUCCAUUUAUUGAAUGGCCAGUGCCUGGACUGGUGUUGCACAUCAACUAUCCUUCAGAAACUUGUCCUGAAUACACAGUGACAAAAUAGUUCAUAAUUUUUUUUUGGUGGAAGGGGAUGGUUUUUCUCUGCAUAAUGACAUAUGCAGAGAAAAAUAAUAGUGCAUAAUGGAUGGAAGCUAUUUCUGUGGCACAUCAAAUGUAGCUGGGAUGAAUUUUGCACCCUUAAAUUUAGGUGUUGUUUUUACUCAAAUUGCAUUUGUCCCAUUCACAAGAAAAACUGUAGCACUUCAUAAUAUGCAUGCAACUAUGAGUUAAUGUGUGUGCUUCUAGGGGAUUUACUCUGUGGUUACCAUGGCAUAUGCUUUUCAGCAGCCUCUUAGCCAGACAUAUUCCACAAACCUACAGACUCUAUAAUCCAAUAUGUUUUUAGUACAAGUACGGGGAACUGGUUUAUUUAAUUGGACUGGUAUUAAAGUACCCAACAUUUAUACUUCCAUAGAAACUCAUAUACCUUGUUAAGAAACAAAUCCUUAAGUCUGAGAAACCUUGGUGUAAGUUUAGAGUAAAUGGCUUGUAAGCUUAAGCAUAAAGUUUAACCCUUUACUGCCAGAAACACACCAGUUACUUAGUUCCAGGCAACAAUAUUUCCCGGGUCCAUUGUUACUUUGUGUGGAUCACUGGCUUGUGGCUAUACCACCCAGCUGGAAUGACUGGAAUCACUAAGGAGCGCCUAACAUCUUGACCCCCAAGGAUUUUACCUUUUGCUUUCCAAUAACUUUGUAAGAACUAUUUCUCAGAACUUGAAAAUAGAGCUCACCUGAAUUAACCAGAGUGGAAUUUCACAGCUCUCUGUUCACUAGACAGGGUUUUAGGGAAAUAUUUAUCAAGGGGUGAAGGUGAGAGUUUACUCUUUGGUAAAUAUGCCUCUAACAAUCCUAUCAAAGUAAUGAGAGUUUUCUAAAAUUUCACUUAGUUGAGCUCUGUGGUGUGGUGAGCUCUAUUUUCACCCCUUUUUUAAAUGCACCCAUGUUGGAGUUUAGUGCCAGCAGCAAUCCUUUUCGCUAUACCCUGCAAGCUUACUGGCAUAUUUUCUUUCUCAGCCGAAUUUAAUUUAUAUCAUUGUUGUUGAAUUGGUUCUUAAAUUCAGUACAGUUUGUGCAUUAGAGUGAUGCCUCGUUGGAGAUGGCUGUGUUUGGCAACUCUGCUUGUGGCACUAACAGCAGCUGAAGCCCAUAGUGAACAAGAUGAAGAUUCGGAGGACGGUUUAGAUGAUACAGAAGACUACAGGGAAGAACCCAGUACAUUUCUGCAGGUUGAAUACAAGACUCCAGUUCCUAUGGGUGACGUCUUUUUCACAGAAACCUUCGAUGAUGGAACACUUGAUAGUUGGGUGCUUUCUAAAACAGUGAAGGAAGAGGCAGACGAAGAAAUAGCUAAAUAUGAUGGUAAAUGGGCAGUGGAAGAGUUGAAAGAAAACAAAGUCCCAGGGGACAUGGGGCUUGUUCUGAAGUCUACAGCAAGACAUCAUGCCAUUUCUGCAAAGUUGAAGAAAACGUUUACUUUUGACAAACCUUUGAUUGUCCAGUAUGAGGUCAAUUUCCAAGAUGGCAUUGAUUGCGGUGGUGCAUAUAUCAAACUUCUGUCAGAAUCAGACCAUUUGAAUCUGGAAGAGUUCCAUGACAGAACAUCAUAUACUAUCAUGUUUGGUCCAGACAAAUGUGGAGAAGACUAUAAAGUGCAUUUUAUUUUUAGGCAUAAAAAUCCUGUGAUUGGAGACUAUGAUGAGAAACAUGCAAAACGUCCCGAGGUUGAUCUAAAGAAAUACUUCACUGACAAAAAGACUCAUCUGUACACUCUGAUCGUGAAACCAGAUAACACAUAUGAAAUUUUAAUUGACCAAAGUGUUGUGGGCCAAGGAAGUCUGAGAGAUGAUGUUAUCCCUCCACUGAAUCCACUUAAAGAAAUAGAUGAUCCCAAAGACAAAAAGCCAAAAGAGUGGGAUGAAAGAGCAAAAAUACCAGAUCCCAAUGCAGUAAAACCAGAUGACUGGGAUGAAGGAGGGCCUGAAGAAAUAGAAGAUUUAAAUGCUGUUAAACCUGAAGGAUGGCUAGACAACGAGCCUCACUUUAUUCUGGAUAUGAAUGCAGAGAAGCCAAGUGACUGGAAUGCUAAUAUGGAUGGAGAGUGGGAAGCCCCCUACAUUCCCAAUGCCAAUUGUGAAUCUGCGCCUGGGUGUGGUGUUUGGAAGCGCCCCAUGAUAAAAAAUCCAGAUUAUAAAGGCAAAUGGAAGCCUCCUUUGAUUGAAAAUCCCAAUUACCAGGGUAUCUGGAAGCCUCGGAAAAUCAAAAAUUCACAUUAUUUUGAGGACCUUAAUCCAUUUAAAAUGACACCCUUCAGUGCUGUUGGCUUGGAGCUGUGGUCAAUGACUUCUGACAUUUAUUUUGACAACUUUAUCAUCUGCUCUGACAAAGAAGUGGCUGAUCGCUGGGCCUCUGACAGCUGGGGCCUGAAGAAACUGGUAGCUAGUGCCAAUGAGCCGAGUAUGUUGAGCCAGCUGCUGAGUGCUGCCGAGGAGAGGCCUUGGCUCUGGGUUCUGUACAUCCUAACAGCUGCUCUGCCUGUGGGCCUUCUUGUGCUGUUCUGUUGGCCCAGAAAGAAAAUGGAAGAAGAGGAAGAAGACUUUGAUUUUAAACUGAGUGAUUUAUGUGACGAAAGCUACUUAGAGCUACAAUCAAAUGCAAAGGAAGAGGCUGAUGGUGGCAAAGCGUCUGAAAAUGAGGAAUAUGAAAGAAGUGAGGAAGAGGGUGAUGAGGAAGAGGAAGUCAGUCUAGAAGAAGAGGAGGGUGCUGCAGCAAACCAGUCUUCGUCAGAUGAUGAGAUGAAGGAAUCUGAUGAAAGUUCAGAAGGAGCGAAGAAGACUCUCCGCAAAAGACGAGUACGAAAAGAUUAGCCCCUCCAUAUCCCUCAUGGGCUUAUAUUUUAAUAUACAGAUCUCCCUGAUGUUUUCCAGUGGCUUCAACUCAAAGCCCUUUUUAUACCUGAUAUCUUAUGCACCCCUCGAACCAGCUUCUUCCACCUGUCUGGCCAUGCACCAUAUUAUCUGGGAUUUGCAACUGGAUGGCUACAAAUCAAAAGAACAAUAUUAUAUAGAUAUCAUUACACUUAUCCAUUUGCCUGCAACUCGAUCAAAUGCUCUGGACGUUUCAGUUUACUUACAAAGGCAGGCCAGCUAUUUAUAUAAUUAUAUAUAUAUAGAUAGGCAUAUUUUGUAUAAAUUAAAAAUUAAUAUAUAUUCGUGAAUAUAUAUAUUAUGAAACUGCCUGUUUAUAUUGCACUAACCGGGCUGCCAGUUUUUGGAGUCUCCAGUUGUUUGCGAGUGACUGUGAGUAUUCUGGGGAAAAAACCAUGAAUAUUUAAACAUGUUUGUGUCAUUGCAUACAAUCCAUCUGCUUGUUUUAACCUCAAAUCUGCCAGGCCAUAUGAUGUGGCCAUGUAACGCACAAUUGCACCCAGUCACAUCACUGGUAUUCUCUUUCUCUUCUCCUUUGGUGACUUAGCUGGCUUUUGUUUGGCUGCACCGAUGCUCAGAUGUCUGAACAGUACCACCCUUUUUCUUUUAUAUGUUGCAAGAAGGAUGCUAUGAAUCUUUGCUUUUCUAGAAAGGUAUGGAAAGGUUGGACGGGGUCUGUAGCCAGGGCCUGCCUUUGGGGCAAACAUCGGGCACCAUUUCACAUUUUAACACAUCUCUUUGCACUUGGUUUGAGGGCACCCUGUAUUUAAAGGGGUAGUUAACUUUAAAAAUGUUAUAGAAUGGCUAAAUUUAAACAACUUUUCAUUUGGU